AUUCUUUGCACCUUCACCUCCAAUAAAAAUAGAAAUAAAUCUCUGCACUUUCCAACCAAUCCAAAUUCAAGGGUUAUUAUUUAUUCAUUCCCUCAACAUUUCUAUGUUUUUUUUAUCCAAUUUUCAUCUUUUGUUUGGAUUCUUCACCAACCUUCUACUCUUUCCUGUGUGCCCACUAUAUAAUUUUAUCAAAAACCCAAUUCCUAGAAUUUGAAAUCACACACUUGGUGUAGUUGAAAUCGUAUAAAAUUAAAAUCCCAGAUCUGAAAGUUCCCAUAUUUUAGUUUCUGAGGAUAAAGUUCUGUUUUUUGCAGCUACAUCUCUGGGAUUGAGCAGGCGUGUACGGAUAAAGGUUGGAUUUUUACCUGUUGGGAUUUUCUAGUUGUUUUAGUUUAUUCAUCUAUUAUUUUAUGAUUGGAGAUUAUAUGUACACACGCAUGGAGUGCUUUUUUAUCACAUUGCUUAUGGUUUAGAGAGAUAAGAAUGUUAUGUGAACUUUGGUUGUUCAAUUGGAUUUGUGUAUGAACUCUUGGAGUUAGUGUUUUUUCUGUGAAGUUUUAGAAUUGGGUCUGUAUUGUUUUGCUGGGCGUGUGAGAAAGUUGGUGUCUUUGGAGGUUAGAGAGAGCUUUUGUUUAGCAAUGGAUGCCGGGGCAUGUGAUUUGCAGGAUAGGAGUGAGGUGUUGGGUGGAGUUGAUCAAAAGGGGAGCGAAAAGUCGAAAGAUUCUGUUGUUUGGUCGGUUGUUGAGACUGCCAUUGUGAUUGAAUCCGAAGAGGAUGUUCGUGUCAACGGGAAAAAUGAAGGUUUGGACACAAUGGGGAGUGAGCUGGAGUCUGAUAAAGCAGUGGUAGAAGGGCUUGAGAAGCCGAAUGAUAAGGAGGCAUGCGGACAGCGUGGUAGUGAUGAGGUACCUAGACAAGUUGAGCAAGGAGAUGAGGUACCUAGUCAAGUUGAGCAAGGAGCUAAUAAGAAUUCAAACAAUUUGGUUGAUGGGAAUGUGUCUGAGACUGUUGUUGUCAUUAAUUCGGGUGAGUCGAGUAAGGUAUUAGCAGAAGAUUCAAAGAAGAAGGUGCCUCAAGCAGAAAAGGAUUCAUGUGUGAUUGAUAUGAAGUCUGGGAGUGGUAGAGGGUUUGGUGAUAGAUGGGAUGGGGAAAGGGUUUGCAGGAUUUGCCAUUUAGGUUCUGAUAUCUCACCGGAGAGAAAAAUGGAAACUGCUAAUAGUUCUAUCACAGCGGAUUUAAUUAAUCUCGGUUGUGGGUGUAAAGAUGAGCUUGGCGUUGCUCAUGGUCAUUGUGCCGAAGCAUGGUUUAGGCUAAGAGGAAACAGGACAUGUGAAAUAUGUGGUGAGACUGCGCAAAAUAUUACCGGUCAUGGGGAUAAUGGAUUUAUGGAGGACUGGCAUGAAGCAACGCUUGCUGAUAUCGGUAAUAAUUCAUCGGAGAGGAAUGUAUCAUGUUGGCGGCGACAGCCAUUUUGCAACUUCUUAAUGGCGUGUCUGGCUGUAUGUGUAUCAUGUAUCGUGCAUCGUGUGGAGUAUUGUGACGUGUUGCUUUUAAUCGGAUUGUUUCCGGUCUCUUGUAAAACAAACUCUUGUGGUUUCUGCGUACACGCCCUGAAGACUAGAGGUCUCACGCUACAAGAGUUGCCGUCUUGGCGACUGGCAGAGUGCGGUUAUUUGCUGCUUUCUUGCAGUGUGACGGGUGAUGUUUUUCGAUUGUUUUUGUGGGAUUUGGCGUAGAUUUUCGCAGCUGUAGCUCAAAUAUGAAAACGAAAAGCUAGGACAUGAUAUAGAAAAGGAAAAAAUUGUCGUUUGUUUGUUGUAGACUCCAUUUGUUAAAGUGAUUGAAUUGAAUAGACAUGUUUCCAUGAAUUCUGCA